AUGAUUAAUUCAUGUAAUUUAUUAUUAGAAGGAUUAGAAUAUAAUAAUAAUAUUGAAAAGGGAAAAUGGAUCCCCAUAGUAAAAUUUUCUUUUAAUUCCCAAACAAAUUCUUUAUUAAAAGGUUUUAUUACAAAUAAUUCCAAUAAGGUAAUUUGUGGUAGUAUUAAAGGAGAUAUUUUUGUGCAUGAUAUGAUUUCUGGAAAAAGAUUAUUAAAUAUUAAUAAUAUAGAUAGAAAUAUAUCCUCAGAAAUUUUAAUCCCUGCAGGUUUAAAUGAUAUUAGUUGUGAUUAUACAGGGAAUUAUAUAUUUGGUAGUUUUUCAGGUGGUACUGUAUGUAUAUUUGAUACUAGAAUUAUGAAUAUUAAAAAUAAACAAAAUUCCCAUAUUUCUUUAUUACAUGCACACAAAUGUGCAUGCAUGAGUAUAGCAUUACCUAAUUCUAAUAAUAUACAACAAUUUGUUACUGGUGGAUAUGAUGGAAUAAUUCGUAUAUGGGAUUUACGAAGAAUUGGAUAUAUAUCACAAGUUAAGGGUCAUAAUUCCCCAAUAUCUACAAUUGAAUUUUCACCAGAUAAUGAUAUUUUAUGUUCUUCAGCAUAUGAUGGUAGUUGUAGACUAUGGAAAUCAUCAAAUUUAUAUGCAUUAAGAAGUUUUUUAAAUCCUGUAAAUAGUGAAGAAAUUUCACAAGCAACAUUUUCAUUGGAUAGUAAUCUUUUAUUACAUAUAAAUAAUAAUAAUGCUAAAAGUUGGAGAUUAGAUAGUAUAGAUGAAUAUAUAGAAUAUAUUGAACCACAUGAUAAUUUUAAAGAAGAUAAUAAAUAUAUAGAAUCAUAUGAUAAAGAUAUAUAUAUUUCUAAUCAAUCAAAUAAUAUAUAUUUUAGAUAUUCAUCAUUUUGGCGUGAUAAAGUAUUUAUUCCUAUAUCUAAAAAUCUUUUUUAUAAUAAUGAUGGAAGAAAUAUAGUAAAUAUAUAUGAUUCUACAACUGGUAUAUAUUUAGAUAGUCUUGAAAAUAUAUAUUUUGGGAAAACUGCUGUUACUUGUGUAUCUUCUCAUCCUAAUAUUGAUUGUGGGAUUAUUUUAACAACAGGAAGUUACCCUGAUAAUUCUGUAAUUUUAUGGAUGUAUUCAUAUUAA